GAGGAGUGACGACACGGCGCAUCAAAGGCACGAGAUCUCCGAGGCUGAUAGAGCCCGAACCGAAGCAGGAACGGCAGUGACAGGUCGAGACGCACCGAAGCCCGCAGACGCGCCAGUGCACCGAAUCCUGCGAAUAAAAAGAUGCUCCAGUUCGGCGGCAGGGUGCGCGGUGUUCCCGCGCUCGUCUCUAUGAUUCUGGUGGCGUUGGCCGCGGCAUCAUCUGAUCUGUUUGACAACCAACUGGGCGAUAUCAAUUACUGCAAAAAGCAAUGCCAGAUGUCCAUCAAAAACAAAAGCCCCGCCAAAGACUCCAUCAUGAAUGCCUGUCACCGUGGCUGUCGGCUCUACUCCAUCUGCCAGUUUGUGAAUGGAAAUACAGGCAUCAAUACCAGCAAGGAAGAGUGCCAGGGAGCAUGCCAGGAGGCCUACAGUAAACUUCUGGAGCAGGAGGCGUGCAGCACGGGGUGUGCCAGCCAACCCGCUGAGCCGGAGAUCAAACGGAGAAAGCUCAAGGCCCUGACCAACCGGCCCAAACCCGUCUCUGUAAUGGAUGCCGUGUCUAGCUGGUGCAAUGACAUCGUCAGUUCUGCCCAGAGCUUCAUUUCUUCUACCUGGACCUUCUACCUGCAGGCUGAUGAUGGGAAGGUCGUUGUGUUCCAGAGCCAGCCAGAGAUUGAGUACUCCUUGCCUGAGUUACAAGCCCCGCGCUCCAAUGUGGUUGACAAACCCUGGCCCCAAGUCAACUCCCACACACAGCGGCCACAUACUGGUGGGCGGUCACAUGGGGAGAGAAAUGCGGCAAAACCUGGGGUGAAAGGAAAGCAUGUUAGCCAACAUGCCGAGGACCCAGCUGCUGAGCACGACUUCCUAGGCUGCAUGUCAAGGCGCUCAGGACUGCCACGUUGGAUUUUAGCCGCGUGCCUCUUCUUGUCCAUCAUGGUGAUGCUGUGGCUGAGCUGUGCCAGUCUUGUCACGGCACCCGAGCAGCACGUCAAGACUCAGCUUAGCAUCAAUGGAGAUAAAGAGUUCAUGGAUGACACCCAGAAGGUGAACCCCUACCACUUGACACCAGUGAUCGCGAUGACAAUCAGCCAAUCGGAGGAGAGCAAGGAGGCGGGGCCGCUUCCGGUCAAGGUCGACCUCAGCAAAACAUCUCUUUAAAAGCACAGAAGAGGUCGAUACUUUUGACGACUAGGGUUUAACUCAUAUCCAGAGCUAUUUCUCGCAAUUUAAGGGAAAGUUGCAUCGUUUUUCUAAAAAAAAUAAUGCAUGACGCCAUUUAUUAUAUCGGUUACAACGUACGUCCUGUCUGAAUACUAGUCUCCUCACUGAAUUCGCCAAACCUCAUGGAAUCGUAGUAUAGGUGCUUGUUCACAUAAUGUACUAACACAUUUUUGACUAUAAUAUAUACAUACACUAGUAACGUUUGAGCUCAUGAACAACUUCACAGCAAGUUUCUUAUUGCUGUUGUGAUACGUUCUUAUCGAAUUCUUGAAAAACGCACUGUAUAAACACAGGGGCUCAGAUGGUAUAUUAUGCCACGACCUCAGAAGAAGAGCAGGGUUAUUUGUCAAGCUUUGGGGGCUUUACCCAGCAUUUAGAUACUACGAUGAACAUUUAGUUUUGCGAUGAAUACUUUCAAAGUGCCCCUCCCUGUUAUUAAUUAGCGCAGCAUUUAAACUGGAAGAUAAGCUUUGAAGGUGAUCCGUUGAAGAGUUGCACUCGUAGAUUCUCACUUUGAUGUAAAAUGAGUAAAAGAAAAAUCAAAUGCAGCCAAUUAGGGAAUGAUCUGGUUUCAUAACAACGUUUACAAAACAUGAACGCGUCCUUUGAACUGAUAUGUAAUCAAACUGACAAGGACUCUUAAUUAUUUUACAGAUUGUGAAUGCUGGUAGUUUGAAGAGUUAAAUUAGGAUUUUGUUCAAUUGUACAGUUAAUUUAAAUGGGUCUUUUUAGGCUUUAGGAUGUUUUGUACGCAGACAGGUAUUUUGAGGGCGAUUUUCAUUUGCAUAAUUAUGCAUCCAUACUAAGCCUGACUAAACUACUCCCAUUCAUGUCAAGAAAGCAUGAUGUGUAUUUAUUUAUUUAUUUAUGUAUUCAAAGCUUAAAGCAACAGCAUAUAACGCCUGUAGCUUUCAUCUCUCAUUUAGAUAGCUCAUCGAUUUUAUGAUGCGUAAUUGUAAAUUUAUUCCCAAUGUAAACUGUUGUAGAGAGGAAAACGCUUGCUGUUCAGACUGAAUGUGAAUUGUUGUAUUAUUCCAAUGGCUUUCCCCUUAUAUUCUCCAUCUCUGCCCGGCCUAUUGGGGAAACCGGUGGGGGGUGGAGUUGGGGGGGGGGGGGGGGGGGGGGCAGGGUUUUGAAUGCCUAGCACCAGGCUUUGACAAAUAUCUUUUGUAACUAGUCUGUAGAAUUGAGGAGCUUUCAUGGCACUAUUUGUCUUGUGCUGCUAUUUUUCCCCAUUUAAGCCCAGCCACAGUGCAUGCUAGUACGCUAUGAGACAUUGAAUAUAUCGUCCCAUCUAUUUUGGAAACAAACUGCUGUAUGCUUGUGAUCUUUGUGUUUUUGCUUAAUGUUUAGUAGGCAUUGUAAUUAUGACCAUAGAUUACUAAAAAGUCAAGAGGUGUGAUACCUUAAUAAGCCAUUUAAUAUCUACUGGUUCAUCAUUACUGUAUGAGAUACAAGUCAGUAAUAUCUUUUUUUUUCUCUCUUUUGAACAGUUUCCCAUACGAUACGCCAUAAUAUCGGACGAAUAAAGUGUUUUCAUGUUGUAAUUAA